AGCAGAGCAGAGUCUUUCGAGCAGAUUUUCAGAGGGAACAAAGAUGCAGACAAUGCUUAUGUGGUGCACUUUGCUCUUAGUCCUACCUUACAUACAGACAGCACCUCCUGAACAUCAAGAAGCAGUGUAUGACUAUGAUGUGGACAAUAUCUUUGAAGGAUUGCUUUUUAAACAACACUUUGAGCAGUACUCAAAGGAUGUAGCAGCAAAUGAGAAAAAUGGACUUAUAAUUUCAAAGAGAAGAUUUAAACGCAACGAAGAAAAAAAAGGUGUCACUGAUUCCACAGAUGUUACAGAAGUUAAAGAUUUACCUACGUGCUUGGCUUGUGUGUGUUUAAGUGGGUCAGUUUACUGUGAAGAAACGGAGAUUGAAGAAGUGCCUCCCUUACCCAAGGAGACUGCAUACCUAUAUGCACGGUUCAACAAAAUUAAGAAAAUCACUGUAAAAGACUUCUCUGAUUUUCCUACUUUACGGAGAAUUGAUCUGACUGGAAAUGUAAUAGAAGAGAUAGAAGAAAAAGCUUUUGAAAAGCUUGUCUUACUUGAGCAGCUUUCCCUUGCUGAAAACAAACUGACCAGGAUUCCAGUCUUGCCAACAAAACUAACCUCUUUCAAUGCCAAUAAUAACCUUAUCAAAAGCAAAGCAAUCAAAGCAAAUGCAUUUAAGAAGCUGACAAACUUAGCUUAUCUCUAUUUCGCUAACAAUCAGCUGGACAGUGUGCCAUCACAUCUGCCUGAAAGCCUUCGGGUCAUUCAUCUACAGCAUAACAAUAUUACUUCCAUCACAGAUGACACCUUCUGUAAAUCAAAUGACACCCGAUAUCUGCGUACCAGACUGGAUGAAGUAAGAAUGGAAGGAAAUCCAGUGAUACUGGGAAAAUAUCCGAACAGUUUCACCUGUCUCAGAACUUUACCCCAUGGCUCAUAUUUUAAAUAAUGGGGGACCAUUACCACCAUAAAUUUACACUGUCCUAUACUUCUUAAAAGAAAUAUCAGUUUACAAACUGAAUGUUUUAUUUUACAGUGGCAAAUGUUUUGAAAAGUUCCAGUAAUGUAGAUUUUUUCUUAUAGGGAUUGCAUUUACUUACUGUAAGUAACACUGUAGCUUACAAAUACAUCCAUGAUAUUGAUAUACACCACUUACUUAAUAAUUAUUAAUACAAUUACCACUUACACACACGUACAAAUAUGAUUGAUCUACCAUAUACUUUUGAAUGAUUAGUACUGUAGCUUCACACACUGCAUUACAGUUAAUAAUGCAAAGCAUAUGUGAUCCAUUAUGACUAAGAGUGUAUUUAGUUCCACAUAUAUAAGUAACUGAAGUAUAGCUUUACUUAACAUUCUCUUCCUACUGUUCACCUAAUUUUCUAUAGUAAAGCAUCAGUAAGUAAACAAAUGUGAAAAUAUGUACAAAAA